AAAAAAUACUAAAAAAAGGAGAAAAAUAAUCAGACUGAGACGUACGACACUGAUCCUUAAACCUUUUGGGGUGGCAGAGUUGCAGACAAAUCCGGCGGGCAAAAGGGGAAAAUCGGAAAGAUGACAACAUCAACCAACUUGGAGCCAUCUACCUUUCAACACACCCCUUUUUACUGUGAGGAAAAUGUAUACCUGCUGUGCAAGAAGCUGUGUGCUGAUGGGGUGGCAAAUCCAGAUUCUUCUGAUCUGUUUGCUGUUUUCAUCUCCAAUGAGAAGAAGCAGGUUCCUCUAUGGAAUCAAAAGGCCAGCCAUAGGGCAGAUGGGGUUGUUCUUUGGGAUUAUCAUGUCAUAUGCAUACAGAAAAAGAAAGAUGGAAACUCCUCACACCUAGUGUGGGAUUUAGAUUCAAGUCUUCCAUUUCCUUCUCCUCUAUCUUCCUAUAUUGCUGAAACCAUUCGUCCUUCUUUUCCGCUGUUUUCAGAGUUUAAAAGAUCUUGCCGAGUUGUGCACGGACCAAUUUUCCUCCGGUCAUUUGCAUCUGAUAGAAGUCACAUGAAAGAUACUGCGGGAAACUGGGUGGCUCAACCUCCUCCUUAUGAAGCCAUUGUAGCUGAAGAUGGAAUCCCGAACAAUCUAAAUGAGUAUAUUGAAAUCUCUUCUGAAGAUGCUGCUGAAAACCUAAACGCUGAUGUGGUGAAGGCAGCUCUCACGCAAAAGUUUGGCAUUGUAGUGGGCGAAAGCCUACUGGAGGAAUUUCUUUCUCUGGUUGAUGAUUGAUAAGUGAUAACAAUGGUGUGUGCUGGCUUUGCAACAAAUCGAUGAAGUUUUAUUUUUCCUGGUAAACUUUUGGACAUAUUCUUCUUCUGUUCUGUGAAAUUUAUAGAUAUAAUGUGUUUAAUACACCCCAUGAAGGCUAUGGGGAUUUUUUUUUUUUUAAAAAUUUUUUUUUCAAUCAAUAUUUACUUGACAAUUGUUAGUAGACUGCAUCUAAUCCAGGAAUCAAAGAUAGGAUUUGAAA